AUGGAGAAGAACGCGAUGUCAUGCAUAAUCACAGGCACGCUAUUUCUCACGUUAAUCUUCAAUCUUCCCGCCUCCAUCACAUCCAAAGGAGACGCAGGGUUCAUGUCGCCCCUCAUCCACCGUAGCUCCCCCGAAUCUCCAUUCUAUGACCCCAACGCCUCGCCUGCGAGCCUCCGGCGCGCUGCCCUCCGGGCAUCUCGAGCUCGAAGCCGGUACUUCGUGCAAAAAGCGAGCUUCCAGCGCCUGAAAGCACAUGGUGGCAGCGGCGACGACUUCUCUCGCACCCUAUCCAAGGCCCCCAUCUAUCCCUACGGACCAGACACCGAGUAUGUGAUGAAAGUCAGCAUCGGGACGCCGCGGGUGGAGACCUAUUGGGUGCCGGACACGGGGAGUUCUCUGACAUGGUUGCAAUGCGAGCCUUGCGUGAACUGCUUCAGCCAGACCACGCCCUUGUUCAACCCGAAGAAAUCGCAAACUUAUACUAGAGUCUUCUGCGAAACGGAUGAGUGCGGGAAGGUAUUCAACUCCGGAUGUCACGAUGAAACCCUUGAGUGCUCGUACGACUAUGCGUAUAUGGACGGCUCGAUCUCCACCGGGUUAGUAGCAAAAGAAACGGUGAUGUUUCUAAACGAGGGUGGGACGAUAAAUUACACGAAUAUGCUCUUCGGGUGCGGGCACCAAAGCCGAGGCUUCUGGGCUAGUUCGAUGCCGGCCGGCUUAGCCGGCAUGGACCGCGAGCCUAUUUCUCUGGUGAGCCAGCUUGGGGAGAGCAGAUUCUCGUACUGUUUCUCGAGCAACAAGAACAGCAGCAUCGGCCACAGCAUGCUGAGGUUCGGGAUGCUGGCGGUGGUUCCAAGGGAGAGCACGACACCGCUCUUGGUAAAGAAGAGUUUGCAGUACGAUGUGGAGGUGGAGGAUAUCAGUGUUGCAGGGGUGCCAUUGAAUAUACCGAAGUGGGUUUUCGACUCCGACGAAUACGGGUCGCGGGGAUUCAUUAUCGACACCGGAACCACGUACACGAUGCUCGACCCAACCGCCCACACGGCAGUGGUCGAAGCGGUGAAGAAAUUCAUGAAGGACAAGCACGGCAGGGACCCGACGAGCGACACUAGCUCGACCAUCAUGCUGUGCUACGACGACGUGUCGGACGGACCGGCUAUAACGAUACUGUUCAAGGGAUUGGCGUUCGAGAUCUCGCAGAAGAACACGUGGGAGUUUUACUAUCCGGAUGAAUAUUGCCUCGCGAUGCAUGCAGGCGAUUCGGUCUCUAUACUCGGAGUGUACCAGCAGAGGGAUGUCAAUGUCGGGUACGAUUUGGAUUACAAUUUCGUGUCUUUGCGCGAUGCUGAUUGUCCAUUGGAACCCGAUGGCUUUUCCAACAUCAACAUCGUAUGA